AUGGAGAUGGCACCACCCAUCGCCUCCGAACCUCACCCCCCCAGUUCGACCGCCCCCGGACAAACGCAGAACCUCCGCAACCCGCUUCCUCUGUCUGCUUCCCAGGAAGCUCAAGUACGCGAUAUAUACUAUAAAAGAGUCCGUUCAAGAUGUGCAGAUGAGAUAAAAGAAUUUGCAAAAUGUGCCCAAGGCCGCACAUUAACUGUUACAUGGGCCUGCAAAGCCCAACAGUUCGCCAUGAACAGUUGCAUGAUAGCUCACGCCACCAAAGCGGAGGAGGACGCAGCACGAGAGGACUGGUUCGCCGGCGUCAUUGAACGGCGGCUGAAGAAAGAGGAAGAAUUGGCGGCCGUGGAAAAACGAAGAGUCGAAAUCAUCGACAUGACAAGGAAGCAAGAGGAGAAAGAGAAGGCUGAGCUCGAGCUGAAAUCCCCAGGGCAAGACAAGCUAGCGACUUCAAAGAAGAGCAGCUGGUUCUGGGGACGAUGA